AUGAUGAAUAAAGAUAAAAGAAAUCGUUGUCGAAGUGGAUUUUCUCAAAGAAUUAGUAAAUUUUUUAACUUAUUUACAUUGUGUUCUCGACAAUCAACAUCAUGUAUUGUUAAAGAUCCAUCUUAUGCGAAUACAUUUAUUAUAUCGACUCCUGUCAUAAAACAAUCAAACAUGCAUUUAUCUCAAAGUCGAAUAGAUUAUAAUCGUCUCAAAUUUUCUUUCUAUCCAACAACUUUUACUUCUAUCGAUCAAAUAUGUCAAAAAGAAGAACCAGCUUCGUCUCUUUCAUCAACAUCAUCAUCGCCUACUUCGAACUGUCAUCUAUCGUUGACAAUUCAUCAAUGUUAUUCCACGAGUACUUUACCAUCUGCAACUACAACUAAUACCGAAAUGCACAAUAAAAGUACAAACAAUAUUAUUGAAAAAUCAUCAUUACCACGACCUCAAACAUCAUCGCGUUUUUCUUAUUUAAUUCGACCAUCAACACCAUGUAUAUUCGGUCGUGAACAUUAUGAUGAUGAACAAAUGAAUGAUGAUGAAUUUUUUUUAACAGCCGGUGCUAUUGUUCAUUCAUGUCCAAAUAUUUAUGAAUUGUCAAUUGAUAAGAAUAGAAAGUUACAAUCAUGUAAUCACUUAAUGUUUAAUGAUCAUGAAACAAAAUUAAGUAAUAAUGAUAAUUUAAAUUGUUAUGAUACAGAAUUUGAUCGUUAUUCAAUAUUACCACGUUUUCAUCCAAAUUUAUCAUCAAUAUCAACAGAUUCAAUUGAUUCGGAACUUAAAUUAUAUAAAGAAAGACAUGCUAUUGGAUUUUCUCGUCAAUGUCAUGAUGAUAUUUCAAUUUAUUCAUCAUUUUUACCAACAACAUGGAGAUCAGACAAUUAUCUUUUAUUAAUGCCACUUAUACAUCAUCAACAUUCUUCAUUAUUUAAUUUAAUUGAUCAUGGAAAACGCUCACGUUCAUAUGAUAUGCCAGUAGGACAAACGUAUUCGUCUGUUAUUGCAUAA